AUGGCUGAAGCUAAAGAGAAAGAAACGAUACCGACUGGCGGUUCACAAUCUGGUUCUGCUGUAUCGAAUAAUCAGGUCAUGGCUGUUACUAUUGAACACGACGGGGAUGAAAAGGGUGAUACAAAGGAUGAAAAGAAGGAUACCAGCUUCAAGUACUACCUGGCAAGAUGGAUCCUCAACAGCAUCGCAUUCGUGGCCAUGAUCGCCGCUGGAACGAUAUUACCCCUGAUGGACCUUGUUUUUGGAAAGUUCAUCAACGUUUUUACUGAUUUUGCAACUGGAGCGUUGUCGCCUGCUGGGUAUCGAAGUGAAGUCAGCAAGUACAGCUUGUACUUUAUCUACCUCUUUAUCGCAAAGUUUGCUUUGACAUAUCUUUGGACGAUUCUCGUCUCUAUUGCUGCUAUCAACACCACAAAAGCACUGCGUGUCGACUUUGUACGAAGCACCCUUCGUCAAGAAGUUGCUUUCUUCGACUCUCCAUCAUCAUCAAUUCCUGGACAAAUCACAACAAAUGGAAAUCUCAUCAACCAAGGAAUCUCCGAAAAGUUUGGCAUCACCAUCGCAGCUCUUUCAACUUUCGUCUCAGCCUUUGUCGUCGCUUUCGCCGUGCAAUGGAAAUUGACACUCAUUGUCCUCGCUAUCAUACCCGUCAACCUCGUUGUAACAAUCAUCUGCGUCGCUAUCGAUACUGGCUAUGAAUAUGCCAUGUUUGAUGUCUACUCGCGAUCGAGUUCCUUGGCGGAGGAGGCUUUCUCGACUAUUCGAACUGCUCAUGCUUUCUGGGCGUUCCCCAAGCUAUCCAAUAGAUUCACCGACACUCUUGAGGAGGCCAGGAGGAUUGGUCAUAAGAAGUCUUGGGUGUACAUGGUUCUGUUCCCAACUGAGUUCUUUUGUAUCUUUGCGGGUUAUGGAUUGGCUUUUUGGCAGGGUAUGAGGAUGUACUCUGAGGGUGAGAUCACUCAGCCUGGUACAGUUGUUACUGUCAUUUUUGCAGUUCUUGUUGCUGCUACAGCUCUCACUCAAAUCGCCCCCCAGACAAUCGCCAUCUCCAAGGCCACUGCAGCUGCACAAGAGAUGUUUGAGAUGAUCGAUCGCAAGUCUCAAAUCGAUGCUUUAUCGCAGGAAGGAGACACAAUCCCUGAUUUCAAGGGCGAUAUCCAGUUCCGUGGCGUUCGCUUUGCGUACCCAUCACGAGCCAACGUCGAAAUCCUCCACUCACUCAACCUCGACAUCCCGGCCGAUCAAACGACUGCUUUAGUUGGUGCUAGUGGAUCAGGAAAGAGUACUAUCUUUGGACUCUUGGAGCGAUGGUAUAUGCCAAGCGCUGGUUCUAUCACUCUCGAUGGACGCCCUGUUGAGAGCUUGAACUUGCAAUGGCUGCGAACAAACAUCAGAAUGGUUCAGCAGGAACCGACUCUAUUCAGCGGCACCAUCUAUCAAAACGUUGUUGAUGGCUUGACCGGUACCUCUAUGGUGGACCUUUCAGAAGAAGAAAAGAAACGCAUGGUUGUCGACGCCUGUAAAUCGGCUUACGCCCACGAUUUCAUCGAGACAUUGCCAAAUGGCUACGAUACUUGGAUCGGCGAGCGAGGCGCCUCUUUAUCCGGUGGACAGAAGCAACGUGUAGUCAUUGCUCGCAGCAUCAUUUCUAACCCUAAAGUCCUUAUGCUCGACGAAGCUACCAGCGCUCUUGACCCCAACGCCGAAAAAAUCGUGCAGCAAGCUCUCAACAACGUCGCCAAGGGUCGAACCAUGAUCGUCAUCGCUCACAGACUCUCUACGAUUAGAGAUGCUGAUAACAUCAUUGUCAUGGCCAAGGGUGAAACUAUCGAGCAAGGUUCUCACGAUUCUCUGAUUGAGCGAGGCGGUACAUACUCGCGUCUUGUUCGCUUGCAGGAUCUUGGAAAGGGAAGUGCUUCAACAGAAGAUGAGGAUAGUGAGACGGAUAAGGAGGAGCCAGUUUCUGGCCUUGAUCCUGUUCUGUCUCGCGCUUCUCAGCAUGCUACAGCCGAUAUCUCGCAGGACGAUGGAAUCAACCAUGGGCUGCUGAAGGGCCUUUGGCUUGUCAUUAAGGAGCAGCGGUCGCUGUGGUUCUCCGGGUUCAUUCUGGUCAUCAUAUCAUUAUUGGGAGGCGGUACUUACCCAGCAUUGGCCAUUCUCUUCUCCAAAACAAUGAAGGCUUUUGAGACCAUCGACGUCAGCGAGGCCAACUUCUUCUCACUCAUGUUCUUCGUUGUUGCUCUUGCAAACUUUGUCAUCUAUGCUGUCGCUGGCUGGGUUUGCAAUGAGAUCGGCCAGCAUAUUAUGACUGUAUAUCGUGGCGAACUGUUCGACAACACCCUUCGACAAGACAUGGUCUUCUUCGACGAUCCCAACCGUGGAACUGGUGCUCUCGUUUCACGACUGGCUGCCGAGCCUACGAGUCUCCAGGAACUUCUAUCCAUGAACCUAUCACUCAUCAUGAUCAACAUUGUCACUGUUCUAUCUAGUUCCAUUCUCGCCAUUGCCUACGGCUGGAAGCUCGGUCUUGUUCUGACGCUUUGUGCUCUACCCGUUCUUGUCGGUUCAGGAUAUGUCCGAAUCCGUCUUGAGUACAAGUUCGACGAUGAUACUGCUGGACGGUUUGCGAAGAGUAGCAGCUUGGCUUCUGAAGCUGUGUUGGGAAUCAGGACUGUGUCUUCACUGGCCUUGGAGCGUGCUGUCAUUGAGAGAUACAGCAGUGCCCUUGAAGGACUUGCUAAGGAGGCAAUUGCUGGUUUGGGAUGGAAGAUGUUGUUCUACUCUUUCAGUCAGUCGGCGUCUUUCCUGGCCAUGGCGCUGGGUUUCUGGUACGGUGGCCGCCUUGUUUCUUUCGGCGAGUAUACCACAGAUCAGUUCUACGUCAUCUUCAUCGCCGUCGUCUUCUCUGGAGAAACAUCAGCCAUGCUCUUCCAAUACACCACGAGUAUCACCAAAGCACGAACCGCCAUCAACUACAUCUUCCAACAGCGUCGUCAAAAGGCCCUUCAUGAUGACGCAGACAAUGGACCAGGAGCGUUGGGAAGUGAGAAGUCAUCUGAGAAGGGUAUUGAUGUGUCUUGCGAGGAGAUCACAUUCGCUUACCCCCGUCGACCAAAGUUACAGGUUCUCAAAGGCGUCGAUAUCAGCAUCGAAUCAGGAAAGAUGAUUGCCCUAGUUGGUGCAUCAGGUUGUGGUAAAUCGACCAUGAUAGCGCUUCUUGAGCGUUUCUAUGAUCCGACUUCGGGUAUGUUGCUUGCGGAUGGGCAGGAUAUCAAGACGAAGGACAGACGCCUGCAUAGAAGGGACAUUGCUCUUGUUCAGCAAGAACCAGUCUUGUAUCAGGGCUCUAUCAGGGACAACAUCUCCCUCGGUAUCGAAGAAGGCGUUCCCUCUGACGAGGAGAUCAUUGAAGCUUGCAAACAGGCCAACGUCUACGAAUUCGUUUCCUCUCUCCCUGAGGGUCUUACUACGCCCUGCGGAAACCAAGGUCUCUCACUCUCAGGGGGCCAACGACAACGUAUUGCCAUCGCCCGAGCUCUUAUCCGCAAGCCACGCCUUCUCCUCCUUGAUGAAGCUACAAGUGCUCUGGACACGGAAAGCGAGAAGGUCGUCAAAGAAGCCUUGGAUAGAGCAGUUGAGGGAAGAACAACAGUUUCUGUGGCUCAUCGACUGAGCACAAUUCGAGACGCUGAUGUUAUCUGUGUCUUUGCAGGUGGAAAGAUUGUUGAGAGAGGACGACACGAGGAGCUUGUUGCGAAGAGGGGUCUUUACUACGAGAUGGUGUUGGGUCAGUCUUUAGAUAGGGAGGCAUAA